AUGCCUUUCACAUACCGUCGUCGUGCUCGUGCCACCCCACGAACAACCACCACCACAACUCGCCGUCGCAGCAUCUUCCCACGACGUAAAGUUCAUCAUACACAUCACACAACCCACACUACGCAUGCAGCACCACUUGCCGUUCACCACCACCAGAAGCGCCGCCCAUCCUUCAAGGAUAAGGUGAGUGGCGCCUUGCUGAGAAUGAAGGGCUCUCUCACCCAUCGCCCAGCUGUUAAGGCUGCUGGCACUCGGAGAAUGCAUGGCACGGACGGACGUGGCUCGCACCGUCCCCGCCGCAGAAUGUUCUAA